AGAGAGAGCCUGUACAGUAUGUGAGGGGCAUAGAUUCAGUGUCAGUUAAUAGUCUCCAUUAGCGCGCUCUCUGGUGCCUCGUGUGGCGCGUCCUCGCUGCUCGCGUGAAAUUUCUUCAUUCAAACGUAGACGAAGAGUGCGUGAACGAGCGAGAUGCGUGAUCUCAUUCUACACCGGCAACAUUCAGCUCGUGAUCGCGACGAAGACUCCCGUUGUUGGCGCGCACUUUCCCAGCUCCACGAGCAGCUGUGAGAUUUCCACACGAUCAUAACAAUGAGACAAAACCAGCUGCAAGAUUCAUCUGGCAAAUGCGACUACACAGUCACUGAACUCUGAUGCUUUGUUUAUUUUGUAAAGCUGUUAUUAUCAGUUUAAAAUGCCGAGGCUGCAGUAUUUAAAUAGCACGAGUAUGCCAAAUCACAAUUAUGAAUGGAGCUAUGAAUAUUACGACGAUGAAGAGCCCGUGUCUUUUGAGGGACUCCGAGCACAUCGAUAUUCCAUUGUGAUCGGCUUUUGGGUGGGUCUUGCAGUUUUUGUCAUUUUCAUGUUUUUUGUUCUUACCCUCCUAACCAAAACAGGAGCUCCACACCCAGAAACUACAGAGCCUUAUGAGAAACGGAUGCGUCUCACCAGCUGUGCGGAGGGCCUGAGCCGUCAACGUAACACAGACGCCCGAGCAGGUCUCUCUCGGCCCUUACUGGAUGAAUCCCGCUCUCUGUUUCACUGUUAUAUUAAUGAGGAGGAACGAGAAGGGGUCAGGGUCUCCUUAGGCGAUACUGACACGGCCAUCAAUGGAUUUACGGGCAGCGGUGGCUCCAACGGGCAAGUGGAGACGGUCGGUCUGGUGGUUCAGAAUAUGGUCAUGGAGACCCGGGCUGAAAGAGAGGCUGCACUGUUGGCUCAUUUCAACAUUCCCAACUUUGUGAACUCUGAACUCUCUGCACUCGGGGAUGAAGAUUUACUGCUGGGCGAUCCACCCAUCAUAAUGGAAGAGGCGCGUCCUCGUUGUACUUAUCACAUCAUUGAUUAAAUCAACUUUGUGGAGUUUGAAGAUGAUCAAAGAUGCCUUUAUUCACUUGUUAUGGUUCCAUCAUUGUCUUAGCCUACAGUCUAUAAAUGUGAAGACUGUGGUGUUUUGCGUCAAAGGCUCCAUACUGAGCUGUAUUGUAAGAUUACUAAGAGCUCUAGCGCUGGGCUGCUUUUCUAUAUUUAAAGUUUACAGUAAAUCUCUGAGAGGCCUGAUGGGGGUUAGAUUGUGUCAGACUGAAAGAUCAAAGAUAUCAAAUAGGAUUUCGGAAGCGUAUUCUUGAAAGCAGUGUGUGACAUUAAGGCGAGACAAAGAGAGAAGAAAAACAGAACAAAGACAGAAUGACUGUGUUUGAAAGCCAGUUGUUACAAUGGUGUUGUGGGCAUAUUUGAAAAAAUGAAAUCAUACUCCUAAAGUCGUAAUGCCUUAUGCAUUGAUACACUUAAAUUUGAUCAUCAGCAUGAAUCAAGAUUUUUUUGGUAAAAAAACCGUUCAACACCAUCGUUCAUAUGUAGCCUAAAACUGCAGCAAUUUGGUUUUGCACUGCCUGAUUCUCUCUGGCUUGUUGUUUUAGCAAAUGCGCAAGUAGAAAAUAGCUUACAGCCAUCUGCACCUGUUGGCUGAAAUCGUGGCUUUGCAUCCGCAGUGCACCUGCAUACUAAUUCUGUAAUUGUCUGAAUUCUGGUGCCUGAACAAGUCAAUACUUCAGUUCAUUCUCACACCUGUAUACCAAUAAACAGCAGCGAACUGGGACUGAUAAGUUGGGCUUUCUCCAUCAAAGCAGCCCACCACACCCUGCGCACGAACAUAAAAUUGACUUUUUCUUUAAUUUACUUAAAUUUACUAUAAUUUACUUUUAAGGAAAUCAAAUUUAUUACCAAAUAAUGCAUUUGAACUAUCUGCCAAUGAGAUUUUACCAACGAUGACAUAAAAGAAAGUUAAACCUGA